GUUUGUUUGAUUUCACAGAAGCUGCAGAGCAAGACGGAGGAGCAGCAGGCGCAAUACAAGGCUUUGUCCAGGACGGCCCAGAUGCUCGUUCGAGACCUGAGCCGUACCGAGGUGGACAAGAUGAUGUCGGACAUGAAGAAGGAGAAAGAGAGUCAGGUGCGGACGGAGGCCCGCUGCUCCCAGCGGCUGCGCACGGUGCUCCAGGUUGCCUCGAUCGUCAGGGCCCUGGACGCGGACAUGGACAAGCUGGACCGGUGGCUGGACAAGGCCGAGGAUGCCAUCGCCACCUACACCGUGCCCAACACCCAGGCCCUGGUCAACGACCAGCUCGAGAAGCACAGGGUCUUUUUCUCGCAAAUGGCACCCAUGAAGUCCCUUCUCGCGAGCAAAAACAAGCUGCACCGAGACCUGAGGGAGGAGGUGGGAGCGACGCCGGGCCUCGACACGUCCAGGGUAGACGCCAGGAUGGCGGCACUCAACGAACGUUUCCAGAACUGCGCCUCGUUGGCCGAGCAGUGGGAGCGGGCGCUGCAGGAAGCGGCCAUGCGCUGGGAAAACCUGUUUGACGCUGAGCAGAAGGCCCUGGACUGGCUCGCCAAGGCGGACGUUCACCUGGCUGAAAACAGAAACCCAGAGGCUGCGCGGGCGUUCUUCAGCAAACCCUAUGAGCACAUCUUGCUCAGAGUCAUCCAGACCAGCAAGGACGUGCUGGCCACCCUGCCUCCAGAGGACCACGGUCCAAUUGAAGCCAAAGUCCAGCACGUCAGGGACCGAUGGAAGGCAGUUCAGCAGAAGCUGCCAAGGCUGAACGACGACGAGCUUUUCAUGGAGCUUCAGGAGUCGUUUGAGCGCCACGUCAAGACGCUCGACAAAGAACUGCAGGACGAGCAGAAGCUCGUCGACAGCGGAGAGAAGUUGCGCAACGUCCUGGCUCGGCACGAGGAGUUCUUCAACCGCUCUCGGGAGAUCGGGGCCAUCCAGGACGCCCUGGAGGAGAUGGAGCAGCUAGCCCAGAGCUGCCCAAGCCACCGGGAGCCCCUGAAGUCGUGCCAGGACAGGUUCAGCGAGCUGCACGAGCGCAUCGUCACCAUGAAUCGCAUGCUCCAGACGUCCAGGGACGACUGGCUCGUGUACUCCAGGAAGUUCAACGGCCUGCUGUCGUGGAUGGACCAGGUGGACGAACGCAUAGAGCUUCUUGUUCAGAGCGACACCAGCUCUGCUUCCGCCUAUGAGACCCAGCGCACAGAAUUUUUGGACAUCUGUGAGACGGUGGACGCCCGCCGCGGAGACCUCGAGUGGCUGACCAACCGGCUGGAGGCCCUUCUGCCCGGCAUGGAGCCCGAGGAGGCCCAGAGGGAGAGCGAGCGGCUGGCCGGCCUGGUGGCCCGCUACGGGGCCCUGCUGCCGGUCAUGGAGACCACCACCGUCGUCUCAGAGACUGUGUCCAAGUGCUACCUGUACCGUGAAGAGGUCACCCAGGUGACCCGUUGGCUGAGGGAGGUCAGGGACUCCAAGGCCGUCACCGAGGAGAUUCCGCUGGAUAACCCUGAGAAGCUCAAGCAGAUGGUGCAACAACAGAAGGAUGUGGUCCAGGAGCUCGAAAAGCGCCAAGACAAGGUCCUGGAAAGCAUCAAGUCCGGCAAGGACCUGCAGACGGAGAAGGGUGCUCCCGAAUUUGUGUCCAGUGAUGUCCGCAAGCUGGAAGAGGAAUGGUCACAGGUCUACCGAGAGGCGGUGGAAAAGCUCGACCGGAUGACGAAGGACAGCCAGCGCUGGCAGGAGUUUGAAAAGCUGCGUCAGGAGAUCCUCCAGUUGCUGGCUCAAGCCGAGCAAGAGCUCAAGUCCAUCGGCCUGCUCGCAGACAUGGAGCAGAAGAAGCUGGAGCAGUGCAUCCGAGAGAAGCAGGAGGCUGCCAAGAGGCUGCAGGAGUCUAUGGACGCCAUGCUGGCCCGCCUGCGCGGCCUGGCAGACGAGCUCUCCCAGCAGCUGGGCCCCCAGCGGCAGGACGUGCUGCGGGCCGAGCUGGACAAGACGGAGCGCCGGACCACCACGGUGCUCACGACGGUCCACGAGACGGUCCACAAGCUGGAGACGGCGGCCCACAAGAGCACGGACCUGUCGGACCGCCUCGGCCGCCUUUCCGAAUGGCUCGCAGGCAUCCAGGGCAAGCUGGAGACCAAGGAGGGACCUGUCCCCGAACAGCUUGAGGAGAUCCAGGACCUGACCAAGGAGAUAGAGUCCAAGACGGAGGUUCUGGAGCAGCUGGAAAAGGAGACCCAGGAGCUCCAGGGCCAGAACCCCGACCUGGCGCGGCUGGCGGCCGACCUGCGCUCGCAGCUCUACGACCUCGGAGCAGAGGGCAAGGGCAAGGAGCAGGAGCUGGCGGAGCGGCAGACCCGCCUCAGGCUGCUCCGGGAGCGCAGCGUGCAGGAGCGCCAGGAGCUCGAGACGGUCGAGGCGGGGCUCGACCAGGGGGUCCCUCACCCGGACUCGCUGGACGAGCUCGCCGCCAAGCGGGAGGAGUUGCUGAAACUCUACGAGCUUACCAAGAAAAAAGUCGAGACCCUUCGAGAACUGGCCGCCGAAGCCGCAUCGGAUGAACCGGAUGUCCAGAGAACUCUGUCCGAGCUCAUGGAACGCUGGAAACAAAUCGGCAACCUGCUGCAAGCUUGGCGGGAUUCCCUGGGCACGACGGCCGAGCAGUGGAAGGUCAUUGUGACGCACGUCGAGGAACUCGUGACCUGGGUGACCGAACGAGAACGGCAGCUGGAGGAACCGGUCAAAGGUGCCACUCCGUCCGAGCUGGAGAAGCAACGCGAGGGACUCAAGGGUCUGUCGGCAGAGGUGGCCCAGAAGCAGCAGACGUUGAGCGAACUGCAGGCCAGCAUCGAGCGCCUCGGCACGGGGCUUUCCCACUCUGCGCUGGCUGCCCUUCACGCCCAGGUGUCUGAGCUGCGCCAGCGUGCCAAUGCGCUGGCAACCAUGCUGCGUCAGCUGGUGAGCCAGUUGUCGUCCCAGCUGUCGGAGAGAGAGGAGCUGGUGCGGCGGCUGGAGCUGUGCCAGGCAGUCCUCGACCAGCUGGGCCAAGAGGCACGGGGAGCCAGCGACCUCAACAUGGGCCAGCUGGAGGGACAGCUGCGCAGGGUCCAGACGACCAAAGAAGAGCUGGUGAUCAAGCAGACGGAGGUGGAGACCCUGGGUCGCACGCUGACCGAGCUGUCGGACAACCUGACCAGCGAGCCCCUGGAGCAGCUGUCGCAGAGCCUGGAGAAGCUGAAGGAGACCCUGCAGGACCUGCUGAAGCUCCUGGAGAAGCGGGAGGAGCUCCUUCGUCGGGCCAUCGAGUUCCAGUCCUGGCAGAAGGACUUCCUGGAGCAGGUGACUGCCCAGUUGCCACUCGAAAGGGGGCUGCCUGGGCUGUCUGAUCGUACAUCUUUAAGAUACCAUGCCAAAGAAAAGGAACUGCCUUGUCGUGAGACGUCACUAGACCAUCAGGAAAGCAAGUGGUCACUCAACUUUUUGCCUCAUGACUACAUAUGUCACAAGACCAUGGGACGUCAGGUUAAUGUGACUGAUUGUUAA